AUGUCCAAGAUGACUAUUUUCUUGCAGGCUGCUGCCUCCAUUCUAUUUUAUGGGCUCGUCGGUGCCCAGAACCACUCGGCACCUACCAACAGCUCCCUCACGUUUGUUAACCCGCCACGGAACCUUACUACCAUUGAGAUUUACGUUCAACCCAAUCCACUGUCGUCCAACGGAUCUGAGAACACGUUUGCUGUUCAAACUCAGCAAGUAUCUUAUUUUGUAAGAGAUGGAUACGCCGUGAUUGACGGCGACGUUCUCUUUGGCACAGAGGCCGACAUCGAGGCGGCAGCAGUUGACGCCCAAAGUACCAAGCGCGCUGCUUCUGUAUUCAAGUUGGCCAACGGAAGCAAAUGGCCAAAGGGCGAGAUUAAAUACAGAUGGGAGACGGCACCGAAUAACAAGGUCAGAUCAGACUGGGAGGGGGCCAUCAAGCUGUGGACGGACCGACUGCCCUUCCUCAAGUUCGAAGAGGUCGACAAAGGGAUGCCCAACAACAAAAUGGAGGUUGGCGUGGUCAACCUCCGAAUCCAGACUGGUGGAAAUGCUUGUUUCUCGCCAAUCGGCAUGUCCGCGACUGCCAAGGACAGUGUUAUUAUUCUAGACGACUGCGGCGUGCUCACGACGGCACACGAACUGGGACACACGCUGGGUCUAUAUCAUGAACAGCAACGGCCCGACAGAGACGACUAUAUUGAAAUCCACUGCGAAAACCUGAUUCCAGACCAACUUGGAGUAAAGGCAUUUUGUGGCGAUGGCGUUUGCCGUGGCUGGGGCUGUGCCUUUCGCAAACUGGGCGAGACCGAAGUCGACUGGUCUGGUCCGUAUGAUACGGAGAGCAUUAUGCACUAUGGCGAGUCCGACUUCAGCUACGACUGGUAUAAUGUCCCCGUUCUCGUGGGCAAGGGCAAUGUGAAGCUGCACCGUGGAUUCUCAGCCCAUCCUUCCCUCUUGGACGUCGGCCGUCUUUGCGACAUCUACGCGGAGGACUGUCGGGGCGUCUGCGGCGACGGUAUCCUGGCCCCUGCCAACGGAGAGGAGUGCGAUGACGGGAAUAACAUUGACGGCGACGGAUGCAGUGCCAAUUGCAAAAAGGAAUCGACGGGAGAAUACUGCGGAGACGGAAUUGUACAGUCUGGCGAGGAGUGUGAUGAUGGAAAUAAUGCUGACGGCGACGGAUGCAGUGCCACCUGCAAGAUCGAAGCUCAGUCUGGACACUGUGGCGAUGGCAUCAUUCAAGCGGACGAAGAGUGUGACGAAGGCGCCAAUAAUGGCAGUCCAACAUGCUCCUUGACGUGCAAGCGGCCAUCCAACUCCGCUUGCAGCACUUGCAAUCCGUCACCAGGAAACAAUCAAUGCCAUGUCACCACCAGUUGCAUCGCCGUGGCUAGCUCGUCGAACCACUACUGCGCUUGUGCUCCUGGAUACAGGGCUGGUGAUGCUGGCGAUCAGUUCAGACUGAACUGGCCAGGCCAGGAAGGGCGUGUGUUUGUGAGACCGGGCGUCGCUUGUAACCAGCUGUGCGAUGAAUGGACGUUGGGAAACGGUGGAUGCAAGGAGGUAGCUGUAAAAGAUGAGUGUUAUUGA